AGACGCUACGGCAGCCGCGCUGGGCCGUUGGGAUGCUGCGGGAGAGAGCGGGGCCCGGCUGGGGCGGCCCGGGCGGCGUUGCCCGCACAGGCUUGGAGCGCGGCAGAUGCUUGUAAGAAUGGCUGCACUAUUCCGUACCUUGCUGCUGAAUCCUAAGCUGGCUGUAAACCUGAGGAAGACAACUGAGUGUCUUAUGCCAGUGGGUGGUUUCUCAUCAUUGAAUAACUACAGCAUUGUGGAAAAAAACAUACAAUCAUUUAAAAACAUAUAAGGAGUGUAGAAGUUCUUUAUAAAAAGAGGCAAAAUUAAAAGUUUUCAAGUCUUCCAACUAUCCUGGUCUUACAAAAUGAACCGGUACACAACUUUGAAACAACUUGGUGAUGGUACCUAUGGUAGUGUACUGAUGGGGAAGAGCAAUGAGUCAGGCGAGCUUGUGGCUAUCAAAAGAAUGAAAAGGAAAUUCUAUUCUUGGGAUGAAUGUAUGAAUCUGAGAGAAGUCAAGUCUUUGAAGAAACUGAAUCAUGCCAAUGUAAUAAAACUGAAAGAAGUUAUCCGAGAAAAUGACUACCUUUAUUUUGUGUUUGAAUAUAUGAAGGAAAAUCUGUAUCAGUUAAUGAAAGACAGGAACAAGUUGUUCCCUGAGCCAGUCAUCAGAAACAUUAUGUAUCAGAUAUUACAAGGACUAGCUUUUAUCCAUAAGCAUGGUUUUUUCCAUCGGGAUAUGAAGCCUGAAAACCUUCUGUGUAUGGGGCCAGACCUUGUGAAAAUUGCUGAUUUUGGUUUGGCUAGAGAACUUAGGUCUCAACCACCAUACACAGACUAUGUUUCUACGAGGUGGUAUCGAGCACCUGAAGUCUUGCUGAGAUCUUCUGUUUAUAGUUCUCCUAUUGAUAUAUGGGCAGUUGGCAGCAUCAUGGCUGAACUGUACACACUAAGACCUCUCUUCCCAGGCACAAGUGAAGUAGAUGAAAUCUUCAAAAUUUGCCAAGUGUUAGGGGCCCCAAAGAAGAGUGACUGGCCAGAAGGAUACCAACUUGCAUCUACCAUGAAUUUCCGCUUCCCUCAGUGUGUCCCUGUACAUCUAAAAACUCUCAUUCCAAACGCUAGCAAUGAGGCAUUGAGGCUUAUGAGUGAUAUGCUGAACUGGGAUCCAAAGAAACGACCUACAGCAAGUCAGGCAUUGAGGUAUCCUUAUUUUCAAGUUGGCCAAGUUUUAGGACCUCCUCCACAAUAUUUGGAACAGAAACAGUGUCCUGCUAAACCACUUCAGUCAACUGAGCCAAAGCCAAUUCCACCCAAAUUAGAACCUGUAUCAAAACUAGAUUCUGUAUCCAAGCCAGAAUCUCUGUCUUCACCUGAUGCAUCUGACAAUGCUCAGCCACAGCCUGUGUCAAAGAUUAAUCAGCAGCCUCUCCAGCAAAUUCAGCUACAACAGAAUACAACCAACCAACAGCUCUCCAAACAGCAGCAGCCCCUACAGCCACAGCCAUUUCUUCCAACCAUCAACAAAUGCUCAUCACCAAACCAAGGAGCCAGUGGCCCUCAAAACAGUUCAGUGGGUCUUAAAAAUUGUAGGAGAAGAUGGGGGCAGACUUUGUUAAAGACUACAGACAGUUGGGAGGACUUGGAUGACUCAGAAUUUGGAAUUUCAUAUUCCAAGAAGCCCAGCAUUGCACUCUUAAAGGAAAAGAAAACAAAGGAUUCUCUCUUUAUUGUGCCAGAGCCGAAGGCCUCAUGUUGUAUCCAGUCAGGAGGGGAAAACACGGUUCUGAUGAGAAAUGAUUCUGGAAUAUCUAAUGCAUCAGCAAAACAAUACUACCUGAGACAAGCAAGGUAUUUUCCUGGUGUAAACCCUAAGAACGUCUCAUUAGUAUCCACCAAUAAAGAAGGAUCUCAUGGAACCUGGAACAAUCCAUUACUUUCCAAACCACUAGGAUCUAUUGGAGGGGGUGUGUCUUUCAGCAGAAACAAUGCAGCUUCCAGCAGCAGGAAUGGCUCGUGUUCAGCAAAAGACCAUUUCUCCCGACUUUGCCAUGUGAUCCAAUCAGUUUCUGUUAUCCAUUCCCCUCGGUCUACUGCCAGAGAACCACCAGAGGACUUAUCAGAAAACUAGGGGCAGGAGGCAGUCAAAUGGGUGACUGACCAUUCUGAAGAGAACUCAGAGUUAUGGAAAAUGCUACUAAGCUGUCAGCUAGCAAAUGGUCACCAACCCCAUCAAGUGCAAUCCAGCAUGGAAGGUGCAUCCCUUCCAAUCCAGCAUGGAUUUUUUUGCACUAACCAAUAGUUGAUUUUGUUCUUCUUAAUUUUCAGGCAAAUCCCUAAAAGGGAAGAAGUAAAUAUAAGAAAAAACACAGAAGAGUUAUUUUUCUGAAUGUUCUAUUAAAGCUGUUUUUUUCAUCUAGACUUCUUAGUCAUUCUUUAUUGUUCUGUAGAUGUAAGAUGGAGAGUCAGGGAAGCCAAGUACUGUCUCAUCUGCUUUCAGGCCUGCUCCAGAUGGAGGUUUGAAGCUAGAAUACCUGAGGUUGGCUCAGUGCUACCUUUGCUGAGGUUCCCAUGCAGGAAGAUGUGGGCAGGCUCAGCAGAGCUGAAGCCAGUCAAGACUGAUCUGGGGUGCACGCAGCCAGGUUUACAGCCAAUAGAUCCAACACUUCAAACUGUAACAUGAUUGGGGGAAGGAGAGGAAAAGGAACAUUCUGGGAUUGCAUUGGGAGGACCAGUUUCACUGUAGCAGAAACAAUGCCACACAUGCAAUCUGUCCUAAUGCAACACUAAAGGAGGCUGACAUGGUGGAGGCCACACAGUGGUUAAUCAUGCUCAGAGCUGGAACAGUCCAAAUGAUGUACCAAAUGUCUGUGCUGGUUUGAUGUGUUGAUACAUGGUGUCUUGUAUACAUGUUAAGGACUCUGAAUGGUGGUUAAUUGGAUUUUUCAACUAUAGACAGAGCUGUAGAGAAAGGCCUGAACUGAAACUGGAUACAAUGACUAGAGCUUGACAGAGUAUGUAUUAUAGCCAGAACCUUAUAGCUAGCAGUUAAUUCUGCACUGGGCAAAAUCAGAAGCCUCAACUCUUGAACUUCCAACCAUUGAGGAAAUUUGGGUGUACGUGUAAUUUGUGGCUUAAGAUCAACUCUGCUUUUGAUUUAUAAGUAUAAAUUUUCAAUAUUUUAUAAUUUCCAAACUAGCUUUUAGAAUAAAAAUGAGUUAAAAGCCUUGGUGGGCAACAGUUAAACUACUGAAAGGGCAGCAUGGCACUGUGGGAGGAGAAUGGUUUAAAAACAUGAGUGGAAUCCUAGUACUACAGAAGUAUUAAAGACUUCAGCAAGACCAGAAUUCACUUUCUCUCUUUCCCUCCUCCAGUCAGUCAUUGUAACCCUUCCACACACCCCCAUUCAUUACCAUGCAAUCCUGUGUUAAUUUAUGUCACCUACACAUCAUUAAGUCUGGUGUAUGCAGAUGUCAACAAAGCUCUAGACAAGGAGUUUUAUCCUGACUUUAGACAACUGGGGCCAGAUCUUGAGAAGAGUGUAGUUCCCAUUCAGGCAGCUAAAUAAGAGGGUUUAAAAAGUGUUCAGCACCAAGCAGUUGCCAUUGAGGCAGUGCUGAGCUCCUUCAAAACUGUGGCGCCUUGUUUUAAUUCCUGAAUGAGAGGUGAGCUUGUCUGAGAACUUAGUCAUUGUGAGUUAUGCACCCAAGUGCUUCUGGAGAUCUGGUCUUUAUUGUCCCCAGCUACAUCUCAAUACCCCACAGUCCCUGAACCACUAACCAUCAAAAGAAAAAACAGACCAAAUAUUAUGCAACAACUGUUGUUUGGUGUCUGUUAAUUCAUCUUAAACUUCAAACAACACUGUUUCCCAAACAGUGGCAGAUUAAGAUUUAUUGGGGACCUGGGCAAACAGAAAAUUGGAGGCCCCCCACACCCCACUAUAAACAUGAAUGUAUCAAAAAGCAUUAAAAAAUAGACCCAUUAAAUGUUUACACAGUGCAUUAAUAAAUAAAGCACAACAUGCAAUAUUAAAAUUAACUACUCAAUUCUGCCACACAAAAUUGAAUAAAACUGCCUUUGGAAAAUGACUUGGAUGUGUGGGAUUGCCAUAAAUGCAUAAUAAUAUGAAAGGAACGAUAGUUUAGUGGUCAUGUAGACCCUUGUUUUUAAAUACAUGUUUUACAUUGUACCUACACUACAGUAAACUACUGCAAGAAAAAUACAGGCCAUACAGAUAGCCUCGAGUAUGCGUCUAAGGAUACCAAUAGUGAUUCUUGCAAUUAAAAUAAAGCAGUAGGCCUGCACAGUACAUCUCAAUGGGGUUUUUUUAAUCAUUCCUGAAACAUUAAAAAUGUGCUAAACUUCAUAUACUUAAAAACUGUCUCUUUUAUUACCCAUUACACGUGUUUUAAUGUAAUUAAAUUAUAAUUAUGUAACCAAAAUGUGAAAAAAUACAAACAUAUAAAGUCUCAUGAGAACAUGUCUUACCUUUUAAAUGAUCGUGCUUGCAAAUUCUGCAGGGAGAGGGCCCUGGGCUGAGAUUCUGGAGACUGUCUCCAGCCUCUCCUGGCCUCAUAACUGGGCAGUUCUGGUUUGGGUCCCAGGGGAGGUGCCAGGCAAGACCUGCUGGCAGCUCCCUUCAUCCGUGCAGCUGCUUGGGGAACUCUGGCCUAGGGGAAGGACUUGCUGUGGUGAGGCCAGACUCUUCCUUCCCCAGAGAGCUGGGUCCUGGGAGCAGAGCCACAGAGAGAGUUCAGCUGAGGCCUGCACUGGGGCUGUGGGAGCCUGGCUCUGCAACUAACAAGCCUUCUGGCAGGGCCUUGAGAAGGAUGGCACUGAGUAGGGAAGACGCUUGCUCAUGGCCUAGAAGCUUCUGUGUGCUCUGGUCAGCUGGCAGGACCCCCAGAGCAACACGGGGGCUGCCCACCUAGCAGACGCUGGUCUCACUUCACUGUCCCCAUCUAGCACCGGCUCCUGGGACAAGCACCCUACUCACCUCCCCUAGUGUUAGAGAUUUUUCCCAGGGGGCCCCAUGCCUGGUGCAUUAAUCUACCUCUGUCCCCAGACUCUUUUAAAAGAUGAAAAAUCAAGCCCUUUAAAAAGCUUUCUGUCUAAAGGUAAGAUUUUCCUUUGCUAAGGUUGAUUUAAAUUCCUACCUUGAGGUCUGAGUUUAAUCCAGAUACUGAUGAUGUCUCCCUGCCGUGCUUUCUUUGCUCCUACUAAAUUGUAGUAUAAGGGCUAUUGUAUGUAUGUUUGGAAAAGCAAUGCUAGUAUGGAAAG